UGACUUACAGUAUCUGGAUUUCCAUCGCUUUGGCGGAAAUGGCAUGGGGGCAACAAAAAAAAAUCGCUAUUCACUGGUUCUGUUUGACCCAUGUUGGUUCCCGUACUGUUGAAGCGGUGUUGACUUAUGUGUCAAAAUGGCAGAGCUUACAACGCUAGAGAGCCUGCUGGAGAUGGGCUUUGACAGAAACAGAGCGGAAAAGGCAGUGGCCCACACAGGCAACCAGGGAAUAGAACAAGCCAUGGAUUGGUUAAUGGAACAUGAGAACGACCCAGACAUUGAUGAGCCCUAUGUGCCGCCCGUGGGGAACGUCCUGGGAGGAGAAGCAGACAGCCAGUCCACCACAGAACAGCCGUCACUAGCAGACACUGCUGAAGGGACAGCAGGUGGAGACAGCAGCUACAAUGAAAAUGAGGAGAGUGCAAAGAUUCCAAUGUCAGAGGAGGAGAAACUUGAACAAGUUAAAAGGCUAGAAGAGCUGAUGCGGGUGAAGCAGGCAGAGAGACGAGAGCGAGAGCGGGCAGAAGAGUUGGAGCGGGAGAAGCAGCGAAGGAAACAUGGCCAAGAGCUGCAGCAGAUUCGUCAAAAGCUGCAGGAUGAUGAUAUGAAAAAACUCGCCGAUCAGCGCAGAAAAGAGAAGAUGGAGGACAAAAUGGCAAGGCAAAGGGUUAAAGAUAAGAUUGCACGAGACAGAGAGGAGAGAGCACAAAAGUUUGGAGGGGGUGCACCCCCAAGCUCGGCGGCAACGUCCCAACCUGCCCCACCCAGCCCCUCGUCACCCACCAGUCACGGCCCUCCACCCACUAAGAAGGAGUACGAUGAGUCCAGGAUACAGGUACGUCUGCUGGACGGCUCGACCAUCACGGCGGUCUUCAAGGCCCAGGAGCCCCUGGCGGCAGUGCGCGUGUACGUGCAGGUGAAUGGCAACACACCUGAGGGUCAGGACUUCACGCUGCUCUCGCCCUACCCCCGUCACGUCUACACCGAACUGGACAUGGAGAAGCCCCUCAAAGAACUGGGUUUGGUGCCUUCAGCUGUGCUGGUUGUUAUCAAAAAGUGAGAUCAGGACGGAGGAUCUGCUCUGUGAGCCUACCUCACCACUUCCACUACAUCAACACAAGAGGCACCAGAAACAGAUUGAACUGGGAACAGAGCCACCACCUUUUUAAUAUCUCUCAGAAAGCCAGCUAACUGAACUAAAGCAGAGAGAUGUAGCGCGAGGCUGUGAUCAGAUUGUGUGUAGCUACUUUUAAGAAGUUUAGGAAGGGAGAGUGAAAAACUCUUUUCAGCUAACUGAUUGAUUGCACUUGAUAUAGACUGGCUUUUACUUAUUCAGGAAGAAAGUGAAGAUAGCUGGCUUCUGAUGGAUACUGCUCCGUGUUCUCAACAACACAUUAAUACAAAUUCAAUUUUAACCAGACCUUAACAAAGAACCAUACAAGAUGUACUCGAUUGGCUCUCAAAGGGCCUUAAAUUGAAUCCCCACAAUCUUCCUGAUUUUGUGACAUUCUACUUUGCCAGUUUUUUUAUAAGUUGAAAUAUAUUGACAAAUAUGUCUGCAUAAUCACCAAGAAUCUAGUUAAAAUAAAGCUCAGAACUAUGGUGGUGGACUGGAUUUUCUAACAAUUCUAUCAACAUAUUGAUUUGGUUUGUAUAGCCAAAGCCUGAUGUGUCAUAUUCAGUGAGCCAAACUGUCGCAGUGGGUGACAGGAUUACCUUUGUUACCACGAUGAUGUAAACACUCACUAGAGCACCAAAGCUGUGGCUUAAAAUAGUCCCCAAAUGCACUAUUAACUCCUAUUUGAGUAAUGUUUGCAUUUACAAAGUCUAGCUGUUUUAGGAAAUUGAGCCUUUUUACAAAAAUUAAACUGUAUAUUUGUGACUCAUUGUUACAGAUUCAAGUCUUUGGUAGGGAAAAAAUGGGUUUAGGGUUAAGUGCCACAGUAGGGAAGUUAGAAACACUUGUAGCCUUUGUGUGGGAUUUCUUGACAGUAAGAAAACUAGAAUAUCAGCAUUCUCAUCCUUGAACAGAUUUAAUCACUACAGAUAAGUGCACAUUUAACAAGGUUGUAAUGUUUUGCAACGUAUUAAACUGAAUUCUUAUAAU